GCCCUGUGAGGUCCUCGGAGAACAUCGCCUUGUGGACAAGAACGUGCUUCUCCGACACUGGGUGCGUGGCCAUGAGCAACCACAGGACGGCGCUGCCCGGAGCAACCCGUUCCACCUGAGCAGCGCAGGGCGAGCAGGCCAUGUACUCAUCCGCCCCACCUGCCCUGCGCGCUGCCCUUCCCCAGACGAGGACUCUCCAUGAGGAGGAGAGGAUGCCAGCCACACGGGUGAAGCCCAAGCCCAGGGUGGUGACGUUCGGGGACCUGGCCAUCUACUUCUCCCAGGAGGAGUGGGAGGGACUGAGCCUCGAGCAGAGAGGUCUGUACAAGAACGUCAUGUUGGAGAACUACCAGACCCUGCUCUCUCUCGGACUGUGCUGUCGGAAGCCAAGUAUGAUUGCCUUGUUGGAGAAAGGACAAGCACCCUGGAUGGAGAGAUUCGUGAGAAUACCCUGUGGCCUGGGGUCUAAAUGUGAAACCAACAAGUUCCAUCCCGAUCAUUGCAACAAACCUGGGCAAAGCAUCUACCAGAAACCAGUUUCUGCAGCACGAAAAGGUCCCACAGGAAAGAGAGGCUGCACAAAAAAUUCACUCCUAAAGAAACCCAAGAAAGUGCAUCCAGGGAAGAAGGCUUUAAAAUGUAAUGACUGUGGGAAAACCUUUAGUCAAAGCUUAUCUCUUGAACUUCAUCAGAAUUCCCAUACUGAAGAGAGACCUUAUGAAUGUAGUCAUUGUAGAAAAGCCUUCAGACAGGUUUCAUCCCUCCUCCUCCAUCAGAGAAUUCACAGUGGAAAGAAAAGCCACGAAUGUGAUGAAUGUGGGGAAAGCUUCACGCAAAGAACCACGCUGCUUCUACAUGAGAAAAGUCAUGGUGGGAAGGGAACCUUUGACUGUGGGAAGGCCUUGAGUCCGUGUCCAACCCUCAGGAUACAUCAGAAAACUCUCCUUGAUGAAAAUGCCCACCAGUGCAGGAAACGUGGGAAAUCCUUCAUUCGAAGGUCAUCCCUUUCACUUCAUAGGAAAAUCCACAAGGGAAAGAAAAUCCAUGAGUGCAGUAAAUGUGGGAGGGGCUUCCGAAAGAAAUCAGUCCUUGUUCUACAUAAAAGAAUUCAUACUGGAGAGAAAACUAAUGAGGGUGAGAAGGCCUCGAGUCAGCAAAGCAGCCACCAUUUAGAGAAUCCUUAUAAAUGUAGAAAAUGUGGAAAAUCUUUUAAUAGGAUCUCAUCCAUCAUGCUUCAUCAGAGAAUUCAUGCUUCGGAGAAACCCUACAAAUGCCCUAAGUGUGAGAAGGUGUUCCAGCGGCUUUCAACCCUUAUUCUACAUCUAAAAAUUCACAAUGGAGAGAAACUGUACAGGUGCAAUAAAUGCGAGAAGGUCUGUCAUCGGCAUUCAUCCCUUAUUCAACAUCAGAAAGUUCACACGAGGAAAAAGAAACUCUUUGAAUGUAAGGAAUGUGGGAAGAUGUUUUCUGAAACUGCCAACCUUAAAAUACAUCAGAACAUUCAUUCUGAAGAGAAGCCUUUCAAAUGCAACAAAUGUAGUAAAGUUUUCGGCCGCCAGUCAUUUCUUAUUGAACAUCAGAGAAUUCAUACUGGAGAAAAACCGUACCAGUGCGAGGAAUGUGGGAAAGCCUUCAGUCACCGAAUAUCUCUUACGCGGCAUAAGAGAAUCCACACUGAAGACAGGCCGUAUGAAUGCGAUCAGUGUGGCAAGGCCUUCAGUCAGAGCGCGCACCUUGCCCAGCACGAACGGAUCCACACCGGAGAGAAACCGUACACGUGCAAGACCUGCGGGAAGGCCUUCAGUCAGCGCACGUCCCUUAUUCUACACGAAAGAAGUCACACAGGAGAGAAACCCUACGAAUGUAAUGAGUGUGGGAAGGCCUUCAGCAGUGGCUCGGACCUCAUCCGGCAUCAGAGAAGUCAUUCCUCAGAGAAACCCUACGAAUGCAGUAAAUGUGGGAAGGCAUACAGCCGGAGCUCAUCCCUGGUUCGACAUCAGAAUUCCCACUCAGAAGAAAAAGCCUAAGGGUGUUACAAAAGCAAAGACUGCGUCCCAAAGGAGCAGAGGCAGAGGCAAGGGGGAAGUGCAUUGGUCUCUAACACACAUUUUGUAGAAAUGGGGCCGUUUGAUGAUGCUUCCCCCGUUGAAAGCCAAAGGGCAAAAGUCCUUGAUGACUUUGACCUAAGAAUCUGAAGUUAGCUGAGGGAGAGACCUUAUCAUAGGUCUUCAUUAAGCUCAGAUGGUUGGAUCAGUCCUUUUUCAUAAAGACAAUUCUUCAUUUGAUAAGAAUCACUGAUAUUUUAUUCCCAAUGUCAUUUUCCUUUAUAUGUUUUGUCUUUUUAAAUAUAUUUUUUAAUUCAGAGAGGAAGGGAG